CCUAUGCCACCUCGUUGAGGAGCAGCUACCGGAUAGCCCAGGACAACAUCGUCCAUCUUUGCAGACAUACUGCCUCGAAUUAAGGCUUCUUUCUUCUAGAAUAUGCAUGUUGUGGUCUAUCUAUGCCUAUGAAUGUUGUCUAUCUAUGCCUAUCUAUCAUGCAUCUUGAUAUGUUGUGGUCUAUCUAUCAUGCAUCUUGAAAAAGUGUUGUCUAUCCAUGCCUGCGACUAAAAGUCAUAGUAUGACUUUUUCAAGAAGCAACGCAUAGUUUCAAGAGUGGGCAUAAUUUUGAACUUGAAGGUAGCAACAGCAAUUUAAUACCAAGUAAAAAAAGUACUACGUGACCCGUCUAAUCGAAUCUGAUGGACGUGAUUGUGAACGCUGAUCCCGCCAGUAAAGAAUCAAUGAUGAAGCGAAGACACAGCGCUUUAAUGGCAGCGAAUAUGAACGCUAGUGGUGGAGGGGGUGCUAGAAGUUCCGGAGGUAGUACAGCUGGACGAGCGAGCACAGCUUCAUCGGGAGCAAGAAUGACAGGAGCAAGAAUGACGGCCUCUAGAAUAGCACCAGGAGGAGCGGGAAUGUCUUCUCGAGGAAUAGUAUGGAUGAUGUAGUUUUCUCCAUGUCCAUCGACGUACUAUUAGCAUCCUGGAGCAGGCACUCCUCUUAAUAUAAGUGCAAGGGGACGAAAAUAGAUUGCCAGGAUGUUCAUGUUCUGCCUAAUAAUGGAAAAAAUGCCAUUCAUGAUAACUAGCCGCAGGUCGUGAUCCUCGUAGUUCUGUGGGUAUGCGCGGUGCAGCUGGCGUUGUUCGGGGAACAUCAACUACUGGUACUGGUACUGCACGCGUGCCAAGAGGAUCGUUUGAACCUCAACCACGGACGAACGCAAGUACAACUAGUGUGGAGAACUGCUUCAAUGGUGGACGAGGUACUAGUGUGAACUUUCACGGUAAUAUUAACCAAGGAGGAGAGGCUAGAGACCAAGAGGAACAAGAUGUACUGGAGCAGGAAUACGACAUAGAUGAACAAGAAGCUUACAUCCAAGAACAGAUGAUGCAGUAUCAACAAAGAAAUCAAGGUGGGAUACAGAUGAUGGAAUAUGAUCAGCAAAGGAAUGGUGGGCGUCAUAACACCAGUGCAUCCAUGGUUAUGCCAGCCGGCAACAGUGGAACGGGAGUUGCAGUACCUAGUCUGGCGCGGAGAUUGGAGUUAGGAGCCGAGAAUGUUGUUUGGCACCUCCAAACGAGGGAUCUUAGAUAGAGUGAAAAUCCCUCGUCUCAAGAAAAGCAUAUAACAUUCAUUACCACCUUCCCUUCUAAAUAAAGCCGGCGGCUCCUCUUCCUCCUCAGCUCCUCGCAACGGACCGCCACCUCAACAAAACACGAGGGAUUUGCCAGAGCAUUCGGUUAGAACAGCAGUGAGCGCAGCGCACGUCGCAGAUCCCUCUAGUCCAGGGAACGAGCCAGUGCACUUGCGAGGCUCGACAGACAACGGCUUGGAGCAAGUGACACGAGAAGCGAACGUGCAUGCGGUUUUAACGAAUCAUCGCCAAAACCAAUAUGAUGGUGCUACUCCUCCAUCAGCGUCGAAGAAUCACCAUGUUGCUGGAGACGACGGCCUAGCAUCAAACAAUGGGAUAGAAAUCAGAGUAAGCGACGUGGACAGGAUGCAAAGCACCGUGAAUACUUCGCAUUCGCCUGGUAGUUCGCCGCCUAUGCAGAAUUACUUAAGGCUACAACUUCUCAGUCACCAUUUCUAUGUAUAUCUGGUGUGACCUAGUUGGAUCUCGAGUGGCUCCAUCCUUUUGAAUUCAAGAAGAAACCAAGGGAAGGACAACUAAAGGAUCACUCAAUUAUCAGGAAACGAUGGUGACACCGAGUGGCUCCAAAUUACCCUAGUCCUCCAGGCAGCACGGCGCGUGGAUCUGACAGUGGGCCUCAGCAAUUUGGGCGUUACCCAUCUGCCAACUACUUACACGAACCUCCACCUUCUGCGAACGCCAAUGCCAUGCUGAGCAGGUAUUAAGGCUCACGAUAAUUCAUCUUCACAGCGGCUAAUCUUCUCCAUGUGUUUUUCACUCUCAAUUCUGUGAAUAUAGAAGGUGAAUUACUUUGAGCGCUAAAGGUACGUUUCUCACUAUUCAGGCUACUUACCUCCAGACCAUCCUAGUAGAGUGAAGGCAGGCGGAUUCGGGUCUGGACCUCACUACACGACCACCGCUUUGUCGCCGGAACAUCCCUAUGUGACGCCCUUGACCCAACAUAAUCCGCCGUUUUCUUUUACGGAUUCGUUCCCCAAAGCUGAAGAUCCUCCCAUUUUCUUUGAUUGAGAGACGUCCUCUAUUCUGAUGCAUCUUCAGAUGAGUAAUCCUAGGAAACAAGACAUCCUAGGAAAGACACCCUAGGAGAGACUUCCUAGGAGAGACUUCCUAGGAGAGACUUCCUAGGAGAGACUUUCUAGGAAAGACAUCCUAGGAGACGAGAAGCUUCUCAAGAGACACAAAAGAUUGGUAUGAUCAGCGGAGAUAAUUAGCAUUAGUUUUAGGGUGAGAGCUUGCGCUAAUUCUUCGUCUUCGCCUGGUGCAGCCUCAGGCGGAUUACAUCCGCAUGGGGUUCGCACGAUUCGCGUGCCUAAGCCAACCAGCGCCACAGCAGAGGGUCAGAAGUCGUUAAAGGCCUAUAUACGGGAUAAAAACGAGUUGCUGCAAGAAGUCGUGGAUUUACGAUUCGUAAAUGAGGAAUUGUCAAGGCAGAUUGCGUACAUUCUGAGGGACAAUUAUGGCGUAGCAACUUCUUAUCUACUUAUUGACUACGGCUAGUAGGCGAAAAGGUUGUAUGUAGGAGUUGUUGUACCUAAAAAAUUUCCCAUCUUCGACGCACUUGUUCUUGUUCUCGACUAGGAUUCUAAAUCUAGCACGAAUCACACGAGCACUGGACGAAAGCCAGUGGGGACGCGGUUUUUUUCCGGCAAAAAGCCGAGCAAAGCGAGCAUGCUUUACAGAUUCGAGAACGGGAGUUAGCUGGCGUUCAAGCUUUACAAGCGGAAACGAAGAGGAGGCUUGAGAAGAUGGAGGAAGACUCACGUACUAUUUGUAUUUGCUAUGCAGCUCAAGUAGAAGUACUAGUCGUGAAAAGAUUUCGGUUUGUUUCUUCUUUAGUUGCUUGAAAAUAGACCUAUUAUCCUCUUCUUGCAUACACACUGUGACUAUUCUCUGCGCUUUCAAUUUCAAGCAGGCCAUCUUGAGUUGCAGAACCUGAAAUUCGCUGAGGAGAUGCGCAAUGUAGAGAGAAAUAACGACGCGACAGAGCGGGUGGCAGAGUUGCAAAAAGACAAGCUCGGACUCGAAGAGUUGUAUCAAACUGCGGAAGCAGGUACACUUUCUAGCUGUUUGGUGUAAAUGGUUUUGUAUCCGACAAUAUUGGAUUUUUUUUCCGAUUUCGACUGUUGCAUUGGUCGACGUCUUGUUCUGAUUUUAGUCCUAGCGAACGGAGACGUCGAACACGACCACUUCCAAUCACUUUUCAACAAGUAGACUUGCAAAUGCAAACUUUAUACAACAGAACGGCAAAAGCUCAAGGGGGAAUUGGAGAAAGCAGAGGACAAGCUCCACACCGCAGACCGAGCAUCGCGAAAUCUCGUCGAGAAGGUACUGCAGUCUGUAUGUGUGAAGGUGUUGUUGGAACAUGAGACCUCUUGCUUGAUCAAACUAAAACGGCUUUCGAUACCCUCCGAACCACUCAGAAGGUCCACUGAACCACUCACUAGGUCCGUCUACUCGAAAAGGAGAAGACACGGCUAAACAAAGAGGCUUUGGUUCGACAAGAAGACUUCCGAGAAAUGGAGGGCCUUUAUCAAAGCAAGGAUAGCACUUAUUCUUAUGACAAGAGCUUCUAUUCCUUUUUCCAAAUGGAGGAUUUCUGGUGUUGAGCAACAAGAGUUUACUGACUGUAAUACAGAGUAUUUCAGGUUGUAUUUACUUGUUACUUACUGUAACAGAGUGUUUCAACACUCUACUUUACUUGGAAGUAACUGUUAAAUACCUGAUGAAAACACUUCUGUGUCGAGUAACUGUUUUUCAACAGAAGUGCUUUCAGGUAUUAUUACUUAGUGUCGAGUAACAGAGUGUUUUCAGGUAUUUACUUACUUACUUGUUGUUUUCUGGUGUGGAGCAACAAGCGGAGUGAAUUUAUUACUGAUAUCAAGCUGCUCGCAUCCACAACAAGGUGGUGGCGUAUAGUCUGAAGUUCGGACUCCCUCUUCUACUACGAAAAUUCUUGUCCUCUCAACCAGCAUCAACCUCUCUAAUUCCCCACGCAGCUGCAAGCCAAACAAGCUCAGCUUGAUCACGUACAACUGGAAUUCGAGAACUUCAAGAGGCGCUUGUCCGACUACAUCAUCCGGUCAAGACGCGUGCAGAGUGCGCCUGCUGUAACGCUGCGAACCAUCGAGGACAUGUGCUUCGUCGAAGAAAAGUUUCCUAUUGUAGGAGGUGGGGAGAAGUGUUCUUAGAUUGAUUGGAGGUGGAGGUGGAGGUGGGCGCCUUAGAUAUUGAACGCUUUGUAAAGUAUAUUGGGGGUAAUUUUUCUGUUUAUCUAGAAGUCUAGGUCGUGCUGCUUAUUUAGAAGUCUACUUAACUACAUUUAUCAAAAUUUUACGGGACGAGGGGUUGUUCAUUUACGCUUACGACCGUUACUUCUUCUAGUUGCAACAAUUACGCUUAUCUUGAUAGAUACUAGUUGUAACAAGUAGUGUAUACUAUGUGACGCUGACGAGUACCUUUAUUUAUAUUUCUGUCCAAGCAAGAAUUCCAGUUCAUUUCUCAUUUUCGUUUCUGGACGCACACCAUUCGCAACAAUACCUUUGCCUGAAAUCGAACUUUGAAAUACAACUUUAUUAAGAGCACAACUACUUCUACUUGUGCUUCCGAUACCGAUUCCCUACUCAGCC